CGAACAUAUCUCUAACCGGUGCAACGUUCGCCGGAGUCAGUGCAUUGUGCGCCUCCGCGAAACAAUCAUGACGUACUCCGAGCGUGUGCCAAGGAGCAUCGAGAUGUACAAAAACGAUAGCAAUUACAGUCUUCAAUUGACUCGUUGGUUUUUGAUGCCGAUUGGUAUUUGGCCAAGAAUGAGUACGGCGACGAGAGCUGAGAGACUCUCCUCGUACAUACACAUUCUCAUUUGCACAUCCCUGAUAGCAAUUAUCAUGGUACCAUGUCUGUUACACGUCUCUCUGGAAGAAAAAGAUAUGGGGAUCAAAUUGACUGUCAUGGGUCCGUUGAGUCACUGGGUCAUGGGCAUGAUCAAUUACUGCCUGCUACUCGCACGCGGCAACGACAUUCGCGAAUGCGUGCUGCAUAUAGAGGCGGAUUGGCGGCUCGUCCAAAAGAUCGAGGAUCGACAGAUAAUGCUGCGACAGGCUAAAAUUGGUCGUUUCGUCGCCGGAUUCUGCGCCGUGUUCAUGCAAAGCGGCACGUUUCUCUUCGCCGUAGCGAAAUCGCUGUCAACUACCAUUGUCAUCGUCGGCAACGAAACCGUCUCGAUGCACCCAAUGACCUGCCCGAUGUACACCAAAUUCAUCGAUGUAAGAUUCAGUCCCGCGAACGAGAUCAUGGUGCUUAUAGAGUGGAUAUCGUGUUUUAUAGUAAAUUCUGUUACGGUGGGCGCUUGCAGCCUCGAUGCGGUCUUUGCGAUGCACGCAUACGGUCAGUUGAAUAUGUUGUUCUCGUGGUUAAACGAACUCGUGGUGGAUGAAGAUAAACGAAAUGAACGCGCCGAACAGAAACUCGCUGUUAUCGUGGAGCAUCACUUGAGAGUGCUAAGUUUUAUAUCACGUAUGGAAACUGUUAUGCAACAAAUUUGUCUCGUGGAAUUAUUAGGAUGCACAAUGAAUAUGUGUUUACUUGCAUAUUAUUUUAUUACGAAUAUAGAUUCGUUUGAUGGGGCAAAAACAAUGUCAUAUGUGAUUAUAUAUCUGUCUAUGGCUUUCAAUAUUUUUAUAUUUUGUUAUAUCGGUGAGAUCCUCACAGAACAGUGCAAAAACGUUGGUGAAAGAGCUUAUAUGAUUAAUUGGUAUGAAUUGCCGCACAAAACUGCUCUUGGACUCAUUUUGGUGAUAGCACGAUCGAGUAACGUUAUCAAGAUGACUGCUGGAAAAUUAUUUCAGUUGUCUAUUGCAACUUUUGGCGAUGUAAUUAAAACUUCUAUGGUAUAUUUGAAUAUGUUACGAACGAUGACGUGA